UCUCGUGCAUCAUGUCUGGAAGAGGUAAAGGCGGAAAGGGACUCGGAAAAGGAGGCGCGAAGCGUCAUCGCAAAGUUUUGCGUGAUAACAUCCAGGGCAUCACCAAGCCCGCCAUCCGUCGACUUGCUCGUCGCGGCGGAGUGAAACGUAUCUCCGGUCUGAUCUACGAGGAGACUCGCGGUGUGUUGAAGGUGUUCCUGGAGAAUGUUAUCCGUGACGCCGUCACCUACACAGAGCACGCCAAGAGAAAGACCGUCACCGCCAUGGACGUCGUGUACGCGCUGAAACGACAGGGACGCACUCUGUACGGCUUCGGAGGUUAAACGCGUUUAUUCUGAAGUAAAACAUUGAACACAACGGCUCUUUUAAGAGCCACACACUGUCUCAUUCGAGGAGUUUAAUUUCAUAAAAUAAAUCAUAUUUAACGAGAACUUGAACUUUUAGAACUUGUGUUAAACACUUCGCUCGAAGAAGAAACACCAUCAUCAUGGCGUAACUAUAAGCGUCAGCACGUGCAAUGUAUCGUGAAUAACGUGUAAUCGGGUGAAAUGCUUUCUGAACGAAAUCUUUAAGUGACUUUGAUGACACGAUGACGUAAUUCUGUUCUAGUGUAGAGUUAAUACAGAAAUAAACGUUUUAUUUAAAUUCAAAUUCGAUAAAGAGCGGGAAGUGCAAACAAAGGAAACUGAGUCGCUUGUGGGAGGGUCAUCUUCAAACACGAGACUGUGGGCGGGAAACACUUUCAUUGGCUCUCUAUCCAACCCGUCAAACUAUGAGCUGACCAAUAAACACAUUUUAUGGGAUUUGGCCGGCGAAGACAUGCAAUCAGACAACAGGCUCCGUUACGCUAAACAUUUGCAUGUGAGAGUGAAUAAAUACCACAGCGACGAGACUC